AUGUCCGGUCGUCAAGGGGGUAAAGCCAAGCCACUAAAGCAAAAGAAGAAGCAACAACAUGAUCUAGAUCCAGAAGAACUCGCCUUCAAAGAAAAGCAAAAGGCCGAUGCCGCUGCUAAGAAGGCCAUGAUGGGUAACAUCAAGGCUGGGAAACCAUUAGUCGGUGGUGGUAUUAAGAAGUCUGGUAAGAAAUAG